GAAGCGCUCCAUUUGUGCACCGUGCCGUAAUAGUGUAGUUGAUACGAACAAAUCUUCCAAUACAUCUCUCGAAAAUGGCGGCUGUAUUGGACGAAGUCGGCAAAUCCGCCGAAAAAUUGGUGGACGAGGAGAAGGACGAGCUCGCCGACGAGGAGGACGAGACCGGGGCGGCGGAGGCAUCGAAAAAGAAGAAGAAGAAGAAAAAGAAGAAGAAGGCUGGUGCUGGAGAAGCCAGUGCAGAUGUUCCAGAAGGAGAAGAAGAUAAGGUCAAAGAUGAUGAAACAAUUGCUGAAGCUACUGCAGAGGUGGCCGAGAACGGUGAGAACGAUGAAGUUAAGAAGAAGAAAAAGAAACGCAAAUCCAGAGGCAAAGGCGGUAUGAAGCAGCAAACGGAUCCACCGACUGUUCCCGUAUCAGAGUUGUUCCCGGAUGGUAACUUCCCUGUAGGACAAUUAAUGGAUUACCACCCGCCUGCCUAUAGAGUAGAUGACAGAACAGCAAAGAAUCGUUUCACGAGCGAGGAAGCCCGCGCCCUCGACAGAAUGCAUAAUGAUAUCUACAACGAGGCGAGGCAGGCAGCUGAAGCACAUCGACAAACCAGGAAGCAUAUCAAGAAUUGGGUUAAGCCGGGAAUGACUAUGAUAGAGAUAUGCAACGAACUAGAGGAGACCGCCAGGAAACUGAUAGGAGAAGAUGGUCUGAAAGCUGGAUUGGCGUUUCCGACCGGUUGCUCUCGAAAUCACUGCGCAGCUCACUAUACUCCGAACGCCGGCGACCCGACUGUCCUGGAGUAUGACGAUGUCACAAAAAUCGACUUCGGUACACACAUCAACGGUCGCAUUAUUGACUGUGCGUUCACUUUGACGUUUAAUCCGAAGUACGACAAGCUGAUCGAGGCGGUGCGCGACGCCACGAACACGGGCAUCGAGGCUGCCGGAAUCGACGUGCAACUGUGCGACGUCGGUGCCGCCAUCCAAGAAGUCAUGGAGUCUUACGAAGUCGAGUUGGACGGCAGAACGUAUCCGGUGAAAUCGAUCAGAAAUUUGAAUGGCCACUCUAUCGCGCCUUAUCGCAUACACGCCGGGAAAACUGUGCCGAUUGUUAAGGGCGGCGAAGCGACCAGAAUGGAGGAGAACGAGUUCUACGCAAUUGAAACCUUCGGCUCCACUGGUAGAGGCGUGGUACACGACGAUAUGGAGUGUUCGCAUUACAUGAAGAGCUUCGACGCCGGUUUCGUGCCAUUGAGAUUGCAGAGCAGCAAGUCUCUUCUCAACACCAUUAAUAAACACUUCGGUACCUUGGCCUUCUGCAAACGUUGGCUGGAUCGUGUUGGCUGCACCAAGUACCAAAUGGCGUUGAAGGAUUUAUGUGAGAAGGGUGCUGUGGAAGCUUAUCCUCCCCUGGUGGACGUCAAAGGCUGCUACACCGCUCAGUUCGAGCACACUCUCGUCCUGCGUCCCACGUGUAAAGAAGUCAUCUCCCGCGGAGACGAUUAUUAAAUGGCCGUUGUUUUCACACUGGGAUCACCGUCGAGUGUCAGGCCGAUAAUAUUUCUCAUGCCGUUUUUCUCGAUGUAACAUCAUUGUCGAAGCUAACAUUAAUACGCCGUCGUCUGUCGCUGUGAUCAAUGAGCGCAGUUGCGUGUCUGCGAGCACGUAUUGCGACAGUGCGUGAAUAAUAACCAUUCAUGAAUACUUUA